CCGGUCUGUGCAGCGCCCUCCCAGCUCAUUUACUUACAUUGUCUUCCGCAGCCGCCCGGAAAUCAUUGACCAGCGAGCCGCCUGAGAUGGGUUGGCGGGCUUAAGCAAUGUUGAAGAGGCUCUGGUAUGGUCUCGGAACUCUAUCUGCAAAGUCAUCAACACGAAGACCACUCAUGUGUUCAAGGCCUACUAACAAAAAUAUUGCAGCCUGCUCACCCUACCCAUAGACAGUACCCUUAAAUGUAUUGUUUCAAGGUCCUGAGGACAAUGCAGAGAAGACACAGCAGCCUAACAGACAACCCUCCUCCAGAUAGGAGUCGAAGCCAGAACUUGAGCUCUGAUACCAGUAUCGACGAUGGUGUGUUUAAUGGAUUAAAACAAGAAACUCCUUCCUCUCAGCAUCUGUUCUCCAGUUUAGCAGGUCUCCAGCCUGGUCCCAUCACAGUGCAGUCUGGUUUGGUUUUGGGCUCCAAAGCAGGAGGAGGCGAUGUGUUUAUUCAAAUGCCUGCACCACUUAGGGAGGAAGCAGGUGGCCGCUCAGACACAAGCACUUUUGCUCAUCAUCAUCACCAUCAUCCUCAUCACAGGCAGCAGCCCCAGCCACCAGCACACCAUCCUGUGCAUCACUUUCAACACUCACAUUCCCGACCAUCACUGCUACACGCAGCUACUACAGAAAGUAAUAGAGAGGAAAACAAUGAGGAACCAGGCACCCCGGCUCCAGCUCUUUCUGAACUUAAAGCUAUCGUCUCGUGGUUACAGAAGGGGCUACCAUUCAUUCUUAUUCUACUUGCUAAAGUCUGCUUUCAGCAUAAACUUGGCAUAGCUGUGUGCAUUGGAAUGGCCAGUACCUUUGCCUAUGCCAAUUCCUCUGUCAAACACCAGGUGUCUCUAAAGGAGAAGCGUUCUGUGUUUACAGUAUUUUGGAUUGUGGUGUUCCUGAUUGGAAACACCAUUUACCUACUAUAUAGCUUCCGGUCCCAGCAGCUGUAUUACAGUCUCAUCUUCCUGAAACCCAACUUAGACAGCAUGGAUUUCUUUGAGCUCAUGUGGUUCGUGGGGAUCUCAGACUUUGUCCUGAAAUACAUCACAGUGUCACUGAAGUGUCUUAUUCUGGCUCUUCCUAGAAUUGUGAUAGCUGUUAAAUCCAAGGGCAAGUUUUACCUGCUGAUUGAAGAGCUAAGCCAGCUGGUCCGUUCCCUGGUGCCCAUCCAGCUGUGGUAUAAAUAUAUCAUAGGUGACAAUCCUUCAAGCACCUAUUUCUUAGGUGGCAUCCUGAUAAUCCUGUAUAGUCUCUGUAAGUCUUUUGACAUCUGUGGGCGUAUUGGAGGCUUAAGGAAAGCGUUAAGAGUUCUCUGCUAUCCGCAGAAGUAUGGUGUCCGAGCCAGCAGCCAGCAAUGCAGUGAAGUCGGGGAUACUUGUGCAAUUUGCCAGACAGACUUCAAAGAUCCCAUCAUUUUAAUAUGUCAGCACGUGUUCUGUGAGGAGUGCUUGUGUCUUUGGUUUGACAGAGAAAGAACCUGUCCCCUCUGCCGCUCUGUGGCUGUGGAAACUCUGCGCUUGUGGAAGGACGGUUCCACCUCUGCCCACUUCCAGGUGUACUGACAUACAGUAUACUGCUAUCAUAUAAAUAAUAAAGUGGGUAAAUGUCGGUACCUGUACUGACCAAGCCGUACAACAGUUCUGGCACUUCCACCAGAACUGAACAGCGGAGCUUCAUCCGGGAUAAAUCCAGCAGCCUCUUUUUGCUUUUUAAAAAUGUACUGGAUGAAAUGUGUUGUCUGAUAUCUGUUUGUGGUGUACUGACAUUCUGUGUACACUGUUACCAACCCAAAAGCAAAUGUGCUUGUGUCAUAUCCAGAUGAUGGUUAAUAGUUGCCGGUAGUAGAAACAGUAUGAAAAUCUAUUGUGCAUAUAAAUAGAUUAAUCCAAGUUCCAGAUCUAAGUGACAUGGAAGAAAUAAUGUCUGUAUGUUACCCUGUUUAGCACCUAUGAUCUUAAUUCUUGGAUUGUAUACCAAUUAAAAAAUACAAAAACUAA